GAGGGGGGUCGGGCGCGCGGUGGCUGCGCGGACGCACGGACCGAGCCGCUCGUGCCGCUGCGGGCCGUCCGGGGCCUUGCGGGAGAGGCUGCGCCGGCCGGCUGCCGUCCUCGGGGGCGCCAGGCUGAUCUGUCGCCAUGAAGCUGCUGCACCCAGCCUUCCGCAGUGGCCUGCUGCUGGCCCUGCUCAGCCUAUGGAGAGCUGCACCGGAGGCUCACGCUGCGUCCGCGGGCGUGCCAGCCAUCAGCGCCUCCGCGUUCCUGCAGGACCUCAUGCAUCGCUAUGGCGAGGGUGACAGCCUCACUCUGCAGCAGCUGAAGGCCCUGCUCAACCACCUGGACGUGGGAGUGGGCCGGAAGAAUGUCAGCCAGCCCGUGCAUGGCCAGAGGAACCUAUCAACGUGCUUCGGUUCCGGAGACCUCUUUGCUGCCCACAAUUUCAGCGAGCGGUCGCGGAUCGGGAGGAGCGAGUUCCAGGAGUUCUGCCCCACCAUCCUCCAGCAGCUGGACUCCCGGGCCUGCACCUCCGAGAACCAGGAGAACGAGGAGAACGAGCAGACGGAGGAGGGGAGGCCGAGCACGGUGGAAGUGUGGGGAUACGGUCUCCUCUGUGUGACCAUCAUCUCCCUCUGCUCGCUCAUGGGGGCCAGCGUGGUGCCCUUCAUGAAGAAGACCUUUUACAAGAGGCUGCUGCUCUACUUCAUAGCUCUGGCGAUUGGCACCCUCUACUCCAACGCCCUCUUCCAGCUCAUCCCCGAGGCUUUUGGUUUCAACCCUCUGGAAGAUUAUUAUGUCUCCAAGUCUGCAGUGGUGUUUGGGGGCUUUUAUCUUUUCUUUUUCACAGAGAAGAUCUUGAAGAUGCUUCUUAAGCAGAAAAAUGAGCAUCAGGGACAUAGCCAUUAUGCCUCUGAGACGCUGUCUUCCAAGAAGGACCAGGAGGAGGGCGUGACGGAGAAGCUGCAGAACGGGGACCUGGACCACAUGAUCCCCCCGCACUGCAACAGUGAGCCUGACAGCAAGGGCCCUGCCGCGGAUGAGAAGGUCAUCGUUGGCUCGCUCUCCGUGCAGGACCUGCAGGCUUCCCAGAGCACCUGUUACUGGCUGAAAGGCGUCCGCUACUCUCACAUCGGCACUCUGGCCUGGAUGAUCACCCUGAGCGAUGGCCUCCACAACUUCAUCGAUGGCCUGGCCAUCGGCGCCUCCUUCACUGUGUCUGUUUUCCAAGGCAUCAGCACCUCGGUGGCCAUCCUCUGUGAGGAGUUCCCGCACGAGCUGGGAGACUUCGUCAUCCUGCUCAACGCAGGCAUGAGCAUCCAGCAAGCUCUCUUUUUCAACUUCCUCUCCGCCUGCUGCUGCUACGUGGGUUUGGCCUUUGGCAUCCUGGCUGGCAGCCACUUCUCUGCCAACUGGAUUUUUGCGCUGGCUGGAGGAAUGUUUUUGUAUAUUUCUCUGGCUGAUAUGUUCCCUGAGAUGAACGAGGUCUGCCAAGAGGAUGAAAGGAAGGGCAGCAUCUUCAUGCCCUUCAUCAUCCAGAACCUGGGGCUCUUGACCGGAUUCGCCAUCAUGCUGGUCCUCACCAUGUACUCAGGGCAGAUCCAGAUCGGGUAGGGCCUGGGCCGCCCCAUCCCUGGCCAAAGGCCUCCACAUCCACGAAGCACCACGGAAGAGGCAGUUCUAUCAAAAACCGACAUGGACUGUAUUCCUGCAUUCAAAUGUCAGCUGUUUUUAAAAUGCUCUAUCCUAGGAAUAAGCCGCCCUGGUAACCAGUCUCUAGGUAGUGCCUCUCACCCUCUCCUCUCCUCCUUUCCUCACGGUGACUCUGGAACCUGAAUGCAGCUUCCAAGACAAGCCUGACUUUUUUCUCUGAUCACCCUGGCCUCUUGCUCUUGGAACCAAUGCCGAAAGAUUUUGAAUCCUUUCCCCAACAAUGCAAAAAUAUAGCCAGUGGUUAAACUCGGUUAGAAAUAUCUCAAGAGGUGAAUCCAUAGUUUGGGGCCCAUGGAUCUUAAGUGGACCUCAGGCUGGCCAAUCUUGAACUGGGUUUACCUGUCUGGUCUCACAGGGAAGAGACAGGACACAGGAAUCCUUCCCAUUUUUUUAAUGUCUGUUCAGUUGCCUAUUCUAAAAGAGAACAGAAAAUCAGAACAGGGGAGUAGGUGGGAGAGGGGGCAGGGGUCUUCCCGAGUGAGAGGGGAAGUGGAACCCACGAUGCAAGUCUUGUGAGCAGGCUCACUGGUUCUGUGGCCGCACCUGGUGUCGCAUGGCUGUCCGGGUGAGCUCACAUGCAGGCGUAGUUGCCCGGGCCUCCUCUUCCAGGUCAACACCGACAGAACGGAGGGUCAGGAGCUCUGCAAGAAAACACUUGGUUUUGGUGUGCUUUCCACCUCUCCUCCCCCUCUCCCAUCUCCUAAGAGACCUCGCUGCCUCCCUAGAGCACAUUUUGAGCACAUUUAAGAUGUUUGCAACAGAGGGGAGACUGCACAAACUAUCCUCCCCUGACUUGUAGAAUCAAAGUUUAGUUUAUGAACAGGGAUUGGAAAUCAGACAUGGGAUCAGCGCAGGCAAAAUUUAGGAUUUGCUAAUUACAUAGGUAAAAGUACGAAUGACAGGGGACGCUGCAAUGUAGUAAGGUCAGAAACCUGGGCUGGGGCCCCGGUGGUUAUGCUGCCAAUGAGUUUUAAAGGUCUUCUCUAGGUUCCCACUUCCUCUCUCCCCAAACGAAACACGUCGAAUCGUGUAUCGAAUUGAAUAUGAAUUGCUCUAAUCCUCUCCAGAAAAUGGCCGGGUAGACUUGUCCGUGAACCUGCAGGCCGGCCUCGGGCGCUGUGGAACUCACUGCAGAACUCUGGCUUCACGGGGAGCUCAUCUCCAAUUCACUAGGUGAAUUGAUUUAUUAUUAUCAUAUUGAUAAUGCGAGAUUCUUUAGCCACUUUGGGGAGCCCGUCUCUCCAGAAGCCUUUCUUAGUGGUGCCCACAGCCGUGGCCGAGGGGCCAUGUUCGCAAACGGACUCCUGUGUGUGACCGACGGGCGUGCCGGUUCGUCGCCAACACCUGCGUUUUUCUGUCCUGGCACAGAAAAACUGUCCACUCUCAGUAAUUAAAAGCAGCAUCUAUUUUGUUUUCUUCUUCUUGGGAAACAUCUCUCAAACCAGGAAUAUUCUUGAAAAGAACAUGAGCAGGAAAACUGCUAGUGGUACUUUAUAGAUUUUUCUCCUUGCCUUGCCUGUUGACGUCAGUAGAUUUGGGAAUAGGCCGGAGGAGGAGGAAAACCUCAGUGAUUGAGAUUCUAGAUUAAAUGUCAGGACUGACUCCUGAUGGGAUUAUGGUCCAGUUUUUACCAAAGAACCAAUUCCUUGAAUGUUGGAAUCUAACUUUUUAUAUUAUUAUUAUUGUUGCUAUUGUUUUAGAAUGAUUCCUCAUCUUUUCUGUUUUACUUUUCUCAAACCGCUUUCAGGAGCUAGCAGAAAAUAACCCUCAAAAAGUUUAAGACUCUGGAACAUUUUUGCUUUCUACUUAACUCACAUUCAUGUAUUAAAUUGAUAAUGUUAGCAUUCCCUAUAGAGCCUGCCAUUCCUUAAAAAUACCCUUUGGGAGUAGAAUACGAAGAGUUAGAGUUGAGUGGGUUUCUAGUUUAGGAGAUGAGCUCAAAAAUAUAAUCUUUAAUAAACUGAAACAUAAAAUAUGAAAUAGCAGGGGGGUUUCCCUUUUUGUGCACACCUAUAUUAACUUAAGAAACUUCCUUUCAUGGACAGCUGCUCAAAGGGGAAUCCUCUUUAAACUGUAAUUGGAGCAGAGGUCAGUCCGAGUCGGAGCUUAGGAGGGGUGGAGACAUUCAGAUCACCCGGCUGAUUAGAAGUUGCGAUUGGCAACAGAUUUGCCUCGUGAGUUGAAAAUGUGGCAAUUUCUUUUUGACUUUGAAAUGUUGAAUUUGCUGUUUUAAGCAUUUGUACAUAUUAGAAGUCUGAGGGGUCGCAAGUUGUUGACAGGAGGACUUCUGUCACCCCUGCCAUUAGCAGCUUCAGCCUCUCUUUUUUUUGGAUGGACCCGCUCCUGCUAAUGUUAGCAAGGAAAGCAUGUCACAUACAGGAACGGCAAGCCAGGGACAGGGGCUCUGCUACUUCUCACCUUCCCGCUUAGUGGGCAGGUCGCCACUGUCCUUGUCCCUAAAGGAAUAGCUCCAGUGUCAACUUGGAGCUCUUCCUUACUGGUCCUUCACUUUGGGUGUAAAAAAGAAGGCUCCUCUGUUUGGGUAACCUAAGACCUGCUUUCAGUAAGUCCUCUUCCAAAGAGAUGGUAAUGUGCUGGAAAUCUGCUUUAAAAAAAAAAAAAAAAGUCUGAUUUUUACAAGAGAGGUUAGGAUUUUAUUCUUCUUAUUUCCCUUUACAGUUCUGCAAUUCCAUCACAGUAUUUUUUUAAAUAACUCAGGUGUUAUGAGAAGAAAUUAGAAAAGAAAAUUAACUUAUGUGGACUGUAAAUGUUUUAUUUGUAAGAUUCUAUAAAUAAAGCUAUAUUCUGUAAUUGUUGA